AUGGGCAAGAGGAAAGUCGCUGCGCUCGAGAAGGUCGAGGCCGAUCUGGCCGGUCUGCAGUACAAGAUCCGCCGCGACCCGCAAGCCUACGAGCAGGAGUUUCUGGCCCACCUCCAGCAGUACGGCUCGUCGCUGGACCAGUUCAUGGCCUCGCCCGUCGCCCAGGACUCCGGCGUGCUCAUCUCCUUCCGCGAGCAGAUCGAUCUCCUGGCCCACGUGGCCGAGCUCUAUCCCGAGCACACGGCUGGCUUUGCCGACGAGUUGAAGGAGAUCUUGGUCAAGCAUCAUGCCAUUCUCGAGCCCGAGCUCCGCGAGAAGGUCGUCAGCUCCCUCGUGCUCUUGAAGAGGAAGGACAUGAUCGAUUCGAGCUACCUGAUGACGACGCUCUUCCCCAUCCUGACCACGACUCCCUCCAAGUCGCUGCGCACCCUGCUCUUCUCCAAGAUCGUCAGCGACCUCCGACAAGCCAACACCAAGCACGUCAACCACAAGCUGAACCGAACCAUGCAGACUGUGCUGUACAACCUGGUCACCUCCGAUCGAUCCUCGCCGAAAGCACUGUGGGCCGUCAAGGUAACGCGUGAGAUGUGGAGGCGCCAGCUCUGGACCGACGCGAAGCCGGUCGAUGUCAUGAGGGAGGCCUGCCUGUCCGAUAACGAGAAGGUUGUCGUUGGUGCAGUGCGCUUCUUUCUCGGCGGCGACAAGGAGCGCGAGGAGAUGGAGGACGACAGCAGCGAGGACGAAAACAUCGACAUCAAGAAAGUCAAGCACCAGAUUGGCAUCAACAAGAAGACCAAGAAGAAGACAAAGGCACUCGAGAAGGCCGUGGACAAGGUGAAGAGGCAGGAGCGCAAGAAACACGCCCCGUCGCCCCUCAACUUCUCGGCCUUGCACUUGCUGCAUGAUCCCCAAGGGUUCGCCGAGUCCCUAUUCCAGAAGCACCUUCAGAACUCCAAGACCAAGCUCUCUCUCGAGUCCAAGCUGCAAAUCUUGCAGCUGGUCACGCGCCUAGUUGGUCUGCACAAGUUGACCGUCAUUGCGCUCUACUCUUGGUUCAUCAAGCAUCUCACCCCACGACAGCAAUCCGCAACGUCGUUCUUGGCCUCCCUGGCGCAAGCGACGCACGAGCUAGUCCCACCGGAUGUGCUUGAGCCGCUGAUCGAGAGGAUUGCGAACGAGUUUGUGUCAGAAGCCGCCGCAGCUGAAGUCUGCUCGGCUGGUCUGAACGCAAUCAGGGAGAUAUGUAGUAGACAGCCGCUAGCCAUGGGAGACACUCUUCUUCAAGAUCUUGUGCAGUACAGAAAGAGCAAGGACAAAGGUGUUUCCAUGGCGGCAAGAGGGUUGCUAUCGCUCUACCGCGAGAAGGGCGCAGAGAUGUUGGCAAGGAAGGACCGUGGAAAGAAUGCCACGAUGGGUCUGAAGAGUGGUGAACAGAAGCAGAGGAGAUUCGGCGAGGAGCAGGUUGGCGGCAUCGAAGGCCUCGAGCUGCUGGCCAAGUGGAAAGAAGAGGAGAAGAAACGGAAACGUGUUGCCAAGGGACUCCCCGAGGACGGGGAUGACGAGGAUCAAGAGGAUGAAGAGGAGGAGGAGGAUGACGGCUGGGAGGUUGCUUCUGAUGCCAGCAGCAGCUCAGGCGAGUGGAUACGCGUCAGUGAUUCUGAAGACGAGGACGAACCAGUGGCCAAGAAACAGAAGCGAGACGAUGAUGAUGCUUCUGAAGACGAAGACAAGGAAAACGCCGAGGAAGAGGCUCUGGCACUCUCCAAGCUGGCUACUACCACAAUUCUCACGCCGGCUGACCUAGCGAAACUGCGCGAGCUGCGGAUGGAGGCCCAGGUCGACAAGGCCAUGGGUGGUAGCAAGCGCAAGCAGGACGCCCAAGCACGGCACAUUGACGAAGGCCUGACGGCCGAGCAGAUCGAAGCGCCGGCCAAACUGCGCAAGACCACCAAGGAAGAGCGUGUGGCCAUGGCCAAGGAAGGGAAGCCGGAGCGCGAGGAGCACAAGUCGACCCAGGCCAUCCGGAAGUCCAAGAAGGAGGCCGAGGGCAAGUCCACCACGAACAAGGAGAAGGCUCGGAAGAAGAACUUCUUCAUGACCCUCGGCAAGGCCAAGCAGAAGAACAGGAGGAGUCUGGUGCAGACGAGGAAUAUCCUCAAGGCCCACACGGACAGGUCCAAGUCGGGCGGGCGGAGACGCAAUGGUGUUGGUAAAUAG